AUAGACUUAAAAGUCAAGACUUAUCACAGACCAAUUAACCAACCACCCCCAAUUUCUCAAUCUUUAUUUCUCUUUGACUCAGUAAGCUUUUUGUAGAAGUUCAAGUUGUGUUAAAAAGCUAGAAUUUUUAAGGGAUUUGAAGUGAAUUCUGAAGGAAAAUGGAGGCACAGUUUAUAGCAAGAUAUCAUAGUCAUCAGCCUAGUGACCAUCAGUGUUCUUCUUCUAUUGUUAAGCACAUUAAAGCACCAGUUGAUAUCGUUUGGUCACUGGUGAGGAGAUUCGAUCAGCCUCAGAAGUAUAAGCCAUUUGUUAGUAGGUGUACUGUGAAGGGUGAUCUUAGGAUUGGAAGUGUUAGAGAGGUGAAUGUUAAGUCAGGUCUUCCAGCAACCACCAGCACUGAAAGAUUGGAACUUCUUGAUGACGAAGAGCACAUUCUUGGCAUUAGAAUCGUCGGUGGUGAUCACAGGCUAAAGAACUAUUCUUCAGUUAUUACAGUCCAUCCGGAGAUACUUGACGGUACACCAGGGACACUGGUGAUUGAGUCAUUUAUGGUGGAUGUGCCGGAAGGCAACACUCAAGAGGAGACAUGCUACUUUGUGAAGGCACUAAUCAAUUGCAACCUGAAAUCACUUGCUGAUGUCUCAGAGAGAAUGGCAAUGCACAGUGGAGGUCUUCCCAUCAGCGUAAACUGGCCGUCUAGUAACCAGAUCAAGACAUGAAAAAAAAAAAUCAGCCUCUUUGAAAUUGCUCCUGCUUGUAAUCUAUCUCGACUUCUAUGCAUAAAUGGGGUUUAUACCCUGUUGUCGUGCAAGUUUUAUCUAUCGAGGUUUUGGUUUUUCCUCUACUAUCUUGUUUCGCUGUUCUUAAGGUGGUGCUGAGGUUCUUCUCAUAUCUGUAAAUACUUCUGUAGGAAAAGUGUUGCUCGUGGACUUGUUUUGAUCUGGCAGAUGCAACCUUUAGGUUGCAAAAAUUAUGGACGGAAUGUUUGUAUUGCAGCUUGUUUCCAGAGCUUUGUAUAUGAGUGUAGUUUCCUUUAUUAGUAUUGUCUAUGUUUGCUUUGUGUCUCA